CUGACAAUAAUUAGUCAAGUAGAAUCAGUUGUUGAGUAUGGUUGAACUCUGAUUUGGUUCUGUCGACUCGGUUAUCCGUGUGUGUCUUUGGUUCGUUGGCAGUAUUGUUGUUGUUAUUCUUUUCUGUUGUCUUUGCGAGUUAAAGGCAGUCAAUCAGUUCAGUGUGGACACUGGAAAGUGGGCAGAAGUACGCGGAUCCAACACAAUCUUCUCCUCCACACACCAUUGCUAUAGCUUCAUUUUUGCUUCGUUCUUUUCGCUGCUUCAUUGGUUUUUUUUAUUUCGGUGGUUCUGUUUUGCGCUGGCUGGUGAAACACUCCUGUUGUAUACUCGAAGAUACAGCAGCAGCUCGUGAGAAGUGUCAGUGCUCUGACGUGUGCAAUUGAAUCGUGACACGAAGGUUUUUGGGCAGUUGCAAAUUGCUACUUUCGUCAAGUGGAUGUGUUGUACGCCGUGCAGAUUGGCGUUUGCAAGCAAUGCAGAAAAUGCACGAAUGACAAUAGCGAAACAAACAAAUUGUUUGAAGAGAAGAGGUCGUAAAGUUAAGCAAAGUGCAGUGCGAUUGUGUUCCCGGAAGAGUUAGGAGAAAAAGUUCAUUUGCCAUAAUCGAUAGUUUGAGCUCGGGAAGAUUGAAAAUUGGAACAGUUUUGCAUUGUUCAAUGAUUUUUUUUCUCUGAAAAACAGUGAAAUAAGUAGCACUUGAAGAAAACAAAAAACAAGUGCAUAUCUUCCAGCUGCGUUUUCCAUCGAAAACAAAUAAAUGAUCGUGUCUUAUGCGCCUUAACUUUUGUGCGUUUAAGGGAACCAAAUGCCUUUUAAAUCAGUCGCAAGCCUAGCGGAAGCGAUGCAAAGUAAGAGUAUAAUUGCAACAAAUUGCAAGUUUAGUUGUGUGGUCUGAAAUCACUGUCGAGUGGAUACCCCGUAGAAGAAAACAAGUGCGAAAGUAAAAAGAAUAUUUACACAUACGCAAGACGAGUUUUGUUCGCUAGAGUUGACGAAAAAGAGAAAACACGGCAAAGAGAAGCAAGAAAACAAAAAAGCAAUAUUAAGAAAAGCUAAUUUUAUCGCUUAAGUAAAGUUGAAACGACGGAGAAGCAAAGUCACAGCCAAGUGUCUCCACAACGGACCUAGGGGCGAGAAUACCAAGACGUAGACAGAAAAAAAACAAGGCAAUAAGUAAAACGCGCAUAUACGUUCUCUCGCGCUCGCGUGCGCUGCUCUCCGACCGAACGAACACGUAUAGAAAACUACACGGCUUAGCGGAUACAAGAUGGCGUUCAACAGCAAUAAUAGCAGCAACAACACCAGCAGCAGCACAAACGCCUCUGAAAAUGAUGGGGCAAGCAAAAAGAAAAAUCUGAUAAUUCUGGUGGAUAAAGACUCUAACGAUAAGUUGAACGAGCUGUUCGAUAAAACAUUCAGCAAUAAAUUACCGCUGCAAAUUCCCUACCGUAUGCGAAAGUUGCCAGACUCGUUCUUCAAGCCACCGUCCUCCGGGUCUAAAUCACCGUCAGUUUCACAUUCACGAGAGAAUUCGGCUGAUUCGGCCUUUGGUUCCGGGACUACCAUACUGGGUGGAGUCACAACCGGUCCAAAUGGUCUGCCGAUCCAUCACAGCCGUGCCCAUAGCAGUCCGGCCUCGCUGGGCAAGAUCCCGGCCGGUCUGGUGGCCAGCCUCACAGGUUCCAGCGGAGUCCAACAAACCAGCAACAGUAGUAAUGUAAAUAGCAGUAAGACACAGCAAACUAACGUAGGCAGCAGCACCGAUGGCAAUAGUCUUGGAGCAACGGGGCUCGGCCAGCAGCAGAGUGGCCUCACAAAGCAGGCUAUUCAGCAUCUACAUAGUCGAGGACGUUCGUAUGAUGUGUCCAAUCAGCACGCUUUCGGCGACUUGCCACCUGGCUGGGAACAGGCCAGGACACAGGACGGGCGCAUCUACUACAUAAAUCACAACACACGAACCACCACGUGGGAGGAUCCCCGCAUCACCGCCCUGCAAGAGCAAUUCCAGCAGCAGUCCAGUGUGGAAACCCUUUUCAACACGGGGUCCCAGACGCUGAUAAGUCCCACCAUCUCGUCACCAACGCCGCCCAAUGUGGUAUUUUCAGAUUCGAUCGAAAUGUCGAACGACGCUGCACCACCGUCGUCCAGUGUACCGGUGUUGAACAGCGGAACCACGAAUAUCAACCUCGGUCCACUGCCCGAGGGCUGGGAGGAAGGCAUCACAAACAAAGGCGAACGGUACUACAUCAACCACGCGACUCGGACGACCACCUGGAGGGAUCCCCGUUUGUCAAAUCAAGACUGGGCGGUGCAAGAGCAAACAGUACGUCUAUACAACCUGCAGCUGGAACGUGAACGUCUUCGGAAACGACAGCAGGAAAUAAAGUCACAUAUGGGCGAGGACCCGUUCCUAUCCGGACUGACUGAUCAUUCGCGCCAGGAAUCCGCCGACAGUGGCCUGAGCGAAUCGUCGAUAUCACAAUCGAUGCCCCAUACGCCCGAUUUCCUGUCCAGCAUAGACGACAGUAUGGAUGGACUGAGCAUGACGGAUAACACAAUGGACACUAUCGCAUUUGGGGACAAUCUGGAGACGCCCGAUGACUUUAUGCUGGACGAUCCUCUUCUACUGGAGAAAAUUGAUGCCGUUAGUAAUCUGAAUCUGAUAGAUCCCGCGAGCACCAAACCGGAAAACACUAUGUACGAUAUUAUCUAACAUAAUCGGUGUAGAAUAUCUGGCCUAUCAGCGAAGUGAGAAUGAGAAAUACAUCAUAGAUGAAGCGGUAGUCGCGCGUUCAUCAGAACAUUUACUUACGCGUAUGCAAUACACCCACAGCCACAAAAACGGAUCAAAGCAAGCAAAAGAAAAAAAGAACACGCAAGCAGAUAGGAACACGACUGACAUACACACACACAUACAUGCAUAAAAGCUAAAUUUUACAUCGGAUCUUCACACACAUGCUAGGCAGAAUUUUAAAAUGUAUUAUUCUUUUCUUUACACCACGUGAGGGUAAACGAUACAACUAGAAAAGAGAGGAGUGUGUGAAAAAUAAUGAUUAAUUAAACAAUCUUAAUUUUAGUCUUUAGAAAAUAAUAAAAGAAAAACAAUAUGACUGUGUUCGAUGUGCGAACAAUCAGUCAGUCAGCUAUAUCAGAAAAGGCAGUGUGCUACGAGUACACUACUUCUGUGAAGACCCGCCAGAAAAAAAAAUGGCGGGCAUCAAUAUAUGCAAGCAAUGACUAUGUGCCUUCCGAGAAUUUUACUUCUACUCGAUGCAAAACAAGUUGUGAUUUCAUGGUUUAUAUUAUAGUUAUUUUCCAACAUAUCAUGAGGAUCAAUUUUAGAAAAAGCAAGCAAAGAAAAAAACUAGGGAAAACUUUUGAGUAAAACUCGAGUUUGGAAAGGAAGCGCGAGUUUGGAAAAACAAUUCGACUCUGCAGUGCAAACCUGAUGCAAUUUCUACGUUUCGGCAAAAGUUUGGCCUUUUUUAUACCUACCUUAUUAUGUUUCGUUUGGAAGUAUUUUUCGAAGAUUUUAAUAUCGUUAGAAAACUAGUUGUGCUGAAUUUAGCGAAAGGCUUACAAAUUAAACUAGUGAAUAAUUUAUAAUAAUAAUAAAGUCUACUUAAAUCGAGAGUGCCUUAAAUGAACUGAAGUUUGAAGCAAUGAAUUUCAUCCAAAGGUAGAUGAGAUGAAUGUUAAGAUUUGCUGAGAAACAAAUAUCAAACAGUUAAUAGCAAACAUGAGAUAUGAUGAAAACGCGUCACUUUUCGAGCAUAGCAUUAUUUUCAUCCUUGAACUUCAACGAUUUAAAUCUACUUUAUCACCAAACCAACUUGUAUUAAUCAAAGCUAGCACAAUCGAGUUAUCAGUAAGAAACUAAAUUAUAAUUGAUAUCAUUUUCAACAUAAGCUAUUUUCUCAAAAAAUAAAAAUUAUUCUUAAAUGUCACUUAUAUACAUACAUAUUUGCAUGCAUCCAAGAAUCGAAACAAGCAAAUACAUUUGAUUCAGUUUGUGUUACCCACAAAAAUAGCUGCAGAUCUGGAGAAACGGAGAACAGGCUGUCCGGUCCUGCUUACAAGAAACUACAUUAAAUAAAUUCUAUUAUUCCUACUCAAUGGCGAAGCAAUCAGUUGAUUGAGUAUGGUUUUACAAUAAGCAUAUUUAGGGCUAGUGUAAAUAAAAUCUUAGAGUAAAUUAACGUUUGCAAAGUGUAAGCAAUAUUUUCAAGAUUUAGUCAUACUUUAGAAGUUCUCCCGUUUCACUAAAUUGUCAACUUACUUGAGCAAUCAUUUUGCACUAUUACUAGAUCAUGGCUAAAGUGAAUAUUUUAUCCCAGCAAGCAAAACAAUUACUAUUACUUACCCUUUUGCCUGUGCCUAUCACCCACUUUCUUUAUAGAUUUAUAGCCUUGUUAAUCUAUAUUAAACAAAAACUUCUAGCGAGCUGUGGCCUUUCCCGAUGCUCGGUGGAGAACUGCUCCUGCAACACAAUGAAUCGAAAUAUAUUUGCUUGAAUUCGGUCUCUGCAAUUGGAUACAGUAGGUUUGUCAUUGUUCGCUUCAAAGCAAGAGAGCAAUUUAAAUUAAUGGGGGAGACGUGCAUUAUGUUUCACUUUACCCCCCCACACUUGCGUCCAAAAGAGUAAAAAAAUACAAAAAAGAAGCCAUCCUUACCGUCGAAAAUGUUGCUUUCAAGCACAAUCGAAGGGAUGAAAAAAUGCUAUGAUCAAAAAGGACGAAAAAAAACCGGUUUCUAGGCAUCCUCGCAAAAUCACAAGCCGUCCAACUUAGAAAAUGAAAAGCAAUAAUUAUGAUAAAUUUUGCAACAAUAAAAAAAAAGAAAACAAAAGUGAUAAACCUGAUAUCUAUGACAAUAAAAUCGCGAAAAAUGUGUCACCAUCAAGCAAUAUUUGUUGGAAAAUAUAAAAAAAAAGCUUUGAUGCUACUAACUAGGAGUAGUAGUAGUAGGAAGUGAAAUGUUUGCUAAAAAUAGAUUUUUAAAUGCUCACGCAUAGGGUCACCUCUUUCUCUAUAUCGCACGCGUAGAGAAUUAGUGUCGACAUCCGUCGGAUCGGGCAAGCGGACGCAACGUGGUGUAGUUUUUAUCCACCUCUGCGUCGAAACCCGAACAAAAAAAGGUUUAAUAUAUGAAACUUUUUUCAUUUGAUACAAUGAAAAACUGAAUUCAACAAAUAUAUUGAGAUUAGGGACAAAGCAUACUUUUUUCUUUACAAAAAUCUAUGUUCUACCACAAAACGCAAACAAAGCAGCGGAUAGUAGUAUAUACAAGAACUAUUAUUUUUCUACAAAACACUAAACAGAUGGAUACAGUGAGCGGCACGGUGUUUACGGUGUCAGUGAAACACUGCGCUUGUACUUGUUUUAACCAAAAUUAUUUGCUCUUAAGUUCAGACAACAUACAUAUACGUAUUACAGACACACAGACUCCGAUUCAGAAGAAAAAAUCCAAUUUCCUUGAAAAUCUCACCGAAACGAAAUGACUUAUUUCUACAAUUUAGCUUGUUUCCCACUUAAAAGGGAUGCACUUAUUUUAGAUGAAUUGUAAAAAAAGAAGCAAUCAUUCAAAAAUGCUGGAUAUGUAUAAGGUAGAUACAAGGGACGGCAGUCUGCUUUGUAGAAAUGUGCAGAACAAAUAAUUUUGUUAAAAUGAAAAAUCGAGCUGUACCAUAAAAAAUGAAAUAAAAAUCGGA